AAUGCCUCCACCUAAAGAAUUCUUAUUUAAAUAUCACACAAUCAUUUAAAAUACAAACAUUUUACGUUAAAUUCAACAUGCUGAUCCAACAGCGCGUAAUCGCAAAUACAACACGUGAUGUCCGUUUUUGAGGGGCAGAUUUUCGAGUCGUCUCAGAGAUUUAAACUACUUUAUUACAAAUCGAGAGAGAGAAGAGUCACCGGUGAGGGAGGAGUGCGGGGUUUAAUUCAUCUUAUCCAAAGUUCGUGAGCGCGUGUUUUUUUGUUUUGUUUUGUUUUGUUUGGGUUUGGGUUUUUUUGGGUUUUUUUAAGAUAAGCUUUUUGGAGAGCGUGGGGGCUGAGCAAUCAGACGGACUCAACUGAACUUCCUUCCUCGCCUGGACCUGAGAGGGGAAAAAAAGAAGGAGAAGAGAAAAAAAAAAAAAGGUCGACGCUUUUAUAAAUGGGGACUAUGCUCAGCUUUCAGUCGCUGUAUCAGCUUCAGAUCGUCAAACACAGACGUUCACGCCACCGGGGUCACAAUCGGAGGCCUUUUUAAGCUCGGCACCAUGAUUCCAAGAAUGCUUUUUUUCUCUCUGCUUCUCCUCUGCGGGCUGCAGGAAGCUCUCCCCUCUCCGCUCGUACGUUGUUUCAAGAAUGCAUUUUGUAUUUUCGAAGUUCCCGUGGAUCUUCGAGGCGCCAAAGAAACCUGUGAGAAAUAUUCUGGAAGGUUAUAUCACUUUAACUCCAAGGACGAAUUUAGUAAUUUAACGAGUCUAACCAGACUCAGCGGUAAAUACUGGCUCCAGAGCAGCGACGAGACGGGUCCGAACUGCCCCGUGGUCUCCAUGAUGGAGGGACAGGGCGCCACAGUGGUGAGGGUUCCGUGUCAAGACCAAAAACUGGACGGAUUUUUCUGCCAGGUGACCGAGUAUUGCAGUCCCUUGAAUGCGUCGCCAGGCACAGCUGUGACCUACACGUUAGAGACCUUUAAGUUCGGCGAUUCGGAGGUUUUUCCACCAGGAACCACGGCUGAAGAACGAAAGGUCGGUGGUAAAUAUCCAGACUCGAAGCACUUGUGCUUCUCCAAGUGGCUGAAAGCUCCGUGGACAUGUGAGGUGAUGCGUGGAGGCUGUGAGCACGAAUGCGUCGAUUCUUUAGUAGCCGGCUGCGUCUGCCCCACCGGGCUUGUCCUCCAUCGCAAUAACGUCUCCUGUUCCACGGGCCCGUGUACAGAGUGCGCGCAAGGAUCCCAGCGGGAGGGUGACAGCUUCCAGUGCAAGUGCAACAAAGGCCACGACCUGGGCAAGGGGGGGAAGAGCUCCUUGGAGGCGGAUGAAUGUAAGGUAUGCACAGCUGAUCAGGUGUGUGUGAGCACGCGCGAGGGCCAUGAGUGCAGAUGCAGAUUUCAAGGCUUCGUUUUGGACGCGGGAGUGUGCCUAAAUCUAACGAUCUGUAAAUCCUGCGAGCACGACUGCGCGAAAGUCAACGGGGAGUACAGGUGUGUGUGCCGGCGCGACUUCAUGGUGUCACCGUCAGACCCCACCAGGUGUAAGCUCAACUGCACCGAGAGGGACUGCAGAUGCAUCUCAUCGGGCGGAGGCAGCUGCGAAUGCCUCGAUGGCUACGUUAAAGACAACGUGAACGGCACAGACUUUUGCACAGACAUAGACGAAUGCGAAGCUCAGCGUAUGUGUGACCACGUGUGUGAAAACUUCUUCGGUGGCUACAGGUGUCGCUGCCGCGAAGGCUUCCACCUGCAGGACAAUGGUAAGUGCGUGAGCUUGUCCGAGGAGCAGGAGGAAAAAGAUGAUGGCUCCGGCUCUCGCUCUCCGAGCGUCACAUCAACGGGCGAGCCGACCAGCGCUCACCCGGCUUCACUGCCCCCCUACAUCAAAACCGGCAGCGUCCUGGGCAUCGCCGUGUUCAUCGUGCUGGUUGGCGGGCUGCUGGUUUUCCUGCUCCGGAACAUCUUUAAACGUUGCGGCAGUCUUGAACUCCCACCCCUCAAACGACCAGAUAUAGAUAUCUUCUACCUGCAGCAGGUGACAACGGAGACCUACAAGAGGCUGUCCUUCGACAAGCAGUUUAAAAAUGACACCCAGAAACUUGAACUGAACCUAACUGCCGGGACGCACAUAAACAUAAAGGAAGACAGCCGAGGGUCAAACAUGAAUCCUGUCCUGCAGUUGGCGGUCCUGCUGCUGCUCUCGCUGGUGAACAGAGUCGGCGGUAUAGCCCCGAGUGGGGGGUACUGCAUCAAUAACCAGUGUUUCGCUGUGUUCAGAGACCCGAGCGAUUUCAGCAGAGCGCGAAAUGAAUGUAGAGAUCAAGAGGGGCACCUAAUGACAGUGCGCUCAUCUGUAGCACACGAUGUUCUUUCUGUUCUGCUGGGGAAUUUUAAGGGGAGCUUCUGGAUCGGUUUACAUCGACCACUCCGCUGCCCAGACUCCGCUGCCAGGCUGAGGGGCUACGAAUGGGUGACUAAAGACGACGAGAGUGACUUCUCCAACUGGCUGCCAGACUUUAACAUGAACUGCUCUUCUCUGCGCUGCGUCUCAGUUUCCCCAGAAUUGGACUUCAGAUGGAGCCAGAAACCGUGCCAAGAUCAGGCCGCUGGGUUUCUCUGUGAGUACACCAGCGUUGGCAUGUGCCAAAGUCAAGAAGAGUCACCGGGAGAGACUGUCAUGUACACCACUCCGUAUGGGUUCGUGGUCAGAGACUUGCUGUCUGCGCCUCCUGGAAGCACCGCUCUCCGGAUGCCAUCUGAGACCAAAUAUCUGUGCUACGCAGAGAUGUGGCAGCCGGCGCCCUGGAACUGCGAGAUAGAGGAAGGCGGGUGUGAGUAUAAAUGCACGGAGAGUCCUAACAAGACGCCUUCGUGCUACUGCCCACCGGGAAAAACCCUUAAUCCUGCGAAUAAAGUGACUUGCGAGCAGCAGCUCGUGGGAGACCCGUGCCUGGCGCUGAGCUGCGAGCAGAUCUGCUACAUGAAAGGAGACUCCUACUCGUGCACGUGUGAUCGCGGCUUUCAGCUGGCGGAAGACGGCAGGUCGUGCGUGGACUUCAAUGACUGCAACGACCCGCGGCAGUGUCCCGGGGAGAACUCCGUGUGCGUCAACAAACCCGGCGGGUUCGAAUGCGUCUGCAAGGCGGGAUACUCUACGCGCAAUGGCCAGUGCGUCGACGUGAACGAGUGCACGUCUGGUCCGUGUGAGCAUGAGUGUCACAACACCCACGGUAGCUACAAAUGCUCGUGUUAUGAUGGAUACCGAGUGGACCCGGAGUCAGCGAAUAAGUGCAAACUGUUCUGCGGGAAGGAGGAAUGCCCCGCAGAGUGUGACCCGAACAAUAAGUUCCAGUGUUACUGUCCCGACGGCUACGUAGCCGAGGAGAGAGGGGGCAGUAUGGUGUGCAUAGACAUGGACGAGUGCAGUGACGGUUACUGCGAGCAGAGAUGUAAGAACACGUUCGGGAGCUACGUGUGCUUCUGCUCUUUGGGAUAUGUGCUAGUCGACGGAUACAAGUGCGUAGAAAGCGAUGACGACAGCUUUGAAGGGACAUCAGCACCAGACACUCCCACUACCGUAUCGGUACCAUACCCAGAUCCAACCAGGCAGCCCUCGGGGGUGCCACCGGGGUGUCUGGUGGGAAUAAUAAUUUUCACUGCGGUUUUUAUCGUUCUCGUGGUCUUUCUGGCGGAUCGCGCCAUCAGACGCAGGGCAGAGACCACGAACAGCAUUGCCCUCAAAGCUGAGGAGAGUGAGGAUCACGGCUUCCAUCAAGUGAAAGGUGAAAGCUGAGCCAAGCAGAGACGGUUUAAGCAUCACACGUGAAUGUACAGUGAGAGUUUUACCGGAACUUUACAGCUUGCACUAACGGUAGAAGGAAAAGGGAAAGUGUCCACAGCACUGCAGAAAUAUUACAUGUUACAAAGUUUUCUCUGAGGAAGGGCGUGCCCUCCGUUUUAUUUACCAUUCAGCGACAGAUGCCAUGUGAUGACAAAGGACUUCAAAUUAUAAGAUGUUAAUAAAUAUUUUUGAAAAUGCAAA